UUGGCAGGCGAGAAAAGACCCCAGAAAACGCCACAAACAGGAGCCGAGGCAGGUUCUUCCCCGCAAGCGAAGCAACACAAGCUUCACCGUCAUGUACCCCAUAACUACUUUGCCUGACAUGUAUCUGCCUUACGCUUUCUUGUACACUCCUUCUCUUCACCUCUUCAUCCUCAAACCGCCUUGAGUCUCAAUAUAGCUUCUGAACAAUCGCAACAAUGGCUCCCUCAGGCCCCAUAACAACCCCGCUCACCACCCUCCUCAACAUCCAACACCCCAUCCUCCUUGCCGGCAUGGCCCGAACCUCAGGAGGCCCCCUUGCAGCCGCAGUGUCGAACGCCGGCGGGCUAGGUUGCAUCGGAGGACUGGGCUACACGCCAACCCAGCUCCGUGAAAUUAUCCACGAGCUGAAAGCCAAUCUCUCUUCGCCCUCUCUAUCCUUCGGCGUCGAUUUGGCACUACCGAAAGUAGGAGAAGGUGCACGGAAAACAAACCACGAUUAUACGCACGGCCAGCUUGAUGAUUUGAUCGCGGUUACGAUUGAAGAGGGAGCCAAACUGUUUAUCAGUGCGGUGGGAAUCUCUCCUCCGCAUGUGAUUAAGCGGUUACAUGAUGCGGGGAUUUUGAUUAUGAAUAUGGUUGGGGCGCCGAAACAUGCGAAGAAGGCGCUUGAUGCUGGGGUUGAUAUCGUUUGUGCUCAGGGUGGAGAGGGUGGUGGGCAUACGGGCGAUAUUCCGAAUUCGAUAUUGAUUCCAAGCGUGGUUGAUGUUGCACGGCAGUAUCGCCCGAAAUUGCUUGGGGGUCAGACGGCAUUGGUUGUUGCUGCUGGAGGGAUUUAUAAUGGUAGAAGCUUGGCAAGCAGUCUGAUGCAGGGUGCUUGUGGAGUUUGGGUUGGAACGAGGUUUGUUGCGUCCACGGAGGCGGGGUGCAGUCAGCAGCACAAGGAGAGUGUAGUGAGUGCUGCUUUUGAGGAUACCUUGAGGACUCUGGUUGUUAGCGGAAGGCCAUUGAGGGUUAGGAGGAACGAGUGGGUUGAUAAGUGGGAGGCGCAGCCCGAAAAGAUCAAGGAGUUGACUGAGAAGGGAGUGGUUCCUAUUGAAUUUGAUUUGGAAGCUGGCAAUGAUGUGGAUAUUCCUCAUUUAAUGGGUGUUGUAGCUGGCGUUAUCAAGGACGUCAAGCCAGCGAAGGCGAUUGUUGAUGAUAUAGUUUCGGAAGCUGUUGAGAUGCUGGAGCAGGGGCAGACUUUCUUAACAGGAAGGAAAAGUAAGCUAUAAGCUUUGACGUUUGUAACAACAUUUCCAGAUAUUCAAAUCAUAGAUCAACAAGAAUUAAAACGGGUUGAAAUGCUCAAUUCUAGCAAAUG